AUGCCCAACACAGCUCAAGCUUCUCACACGACCACAAUCCUCUUCUUCGCCCUGCUGCUCGUCGCCUUCUUCCCGGGAAUCUUUCACUACCUCUGGACGCUCCCGCUGAGCCUCAUCACACCGUCCUCCCUCUCGACACCUAGCUACUCCUCCUCCACCACAGACGGCAGAUCCGCACCACCAUUGAAGAUGGGCUCCUGGUUCCAGAAGCAGUUCACCCUGCCCGCCAAGUCGCGCGGCUCGUACCUGAUCACCGACACGGUCGUGCAGGCCCUGCCGGAGAUCAGGUCGUACAAGGUCGGCCUGCUGAACCUGUUUGUGCAGCACACCAGCUGCGCGCUGAGCCUCAACGAGAACUGGGACGACGACGUCCGCGCCGACAUGAGCGAUGCGCUGGACCGGAUAGCGCCCGAGGCGGGCCCCAAGGGCGAGGAGCUGUACCGCCACAGCGCCGAGGGCGCCGACGACAUGCCGGCGCAUGUCAAGAGCGCAUUGAUCGGUGCGAGCGUUACCAUCCCAAUUAGAGAUGGCAAACUUGCGACGGGUACAUGGCAGGGCAUUUGGUAUCUCGAAUUCAGGGCGAGCAAGCACCAGCGUCGCGUGGUAGCCACAAUUCAAGGAGAGAGGGCUUAA